AAUGAGCUUAAGGGCUCAGUGGGAUGCUGUGAUCGCACCGCGGUAACCUCCUGGCAGAUCAAGAAACUGUGCAAAGUGCCUGACUUCCCGUCGAAACGCCUGCCCAACUGGAGGACCAGAGGAUUGGAGCAGCGGCGGCAGGGUUUGGAGGCAUAUAUCCAGGGCAUUUUAUACAUGAACCAGGAUGUGCCCAAGGAACUACUGGAAUUCCUGAGUCUUCGGCACUUCCCCACAGACCCCAAGGCCAGCAGCUGGGGCACCCUGGGGGAGUUCCUGCCUGGCAACAGUAGCUCGCAGCUGUACCACCGGCCUGUCAUCAGCUUCCGUGUGGAUCCUUAUAUUUGCAUCCCGUCCCCAGAGCCGCUGCCCAGCGUGGUGGUGAGUGGUGUGCUGCAGGGUGUCUAUGGCCUCAGCGCCAGCACAGCUACCGCCCAGCCGGAGGCUGCCUGUCCCCCAGCUCCGGUGCCACCGAUGCCCUGAGCAGCCCAGAGGCGUUCAGAUCACCUGCCAGGACAGUCAUAUGCCCCAGUCCUAUGAAAGGGACAUGGGCUGGAUCACCCUUGGCCUGGACCCAGGACUUACCCCUCUUCGCCCAGGGUCAGAACUCAGCUGCACUGGUGUCUGGGCUGGUAGAACUCCUGCACUCUGACAGCCCAGGGGCCGGGGCAGGGGCAGCAGAGAACAGGGAGUAAAGGAAGAAGUCACUGUAGAGGUAGGCUAUGAACAUACGGGUGUGUUUCUCAGAAGAAUGGGGGAGGGGACACGCCAAGGCUGAUGCACAGUAGCUGGGCAAAGCGUGGGAGCAAGGAGCAAAAGCUCCUGCUUGUCUCGUGGCAGCGCCUGGGGAAAGGGUUCAGACCGGAGCCCAAGGAGGGGACGGGCACCCCUCCCCCAGGAGACCUGCUGGGACUAGACUUGGGGGAGGUGCUGCAGGCCCAAGAACCCAUAAGCAGGUUAUAAAAAAAACACUUUUUUUUUUAUUGGUCAGUGUUGGGAGGAGUUUGUUACAAAACUGGGCCCCCGGGCCUGUGGAAUGUGACGGGAGGGUCCACUCCGUCCGAUGCCAGCACUAGGGCCGGUACAGCGCGGAGCCCUGUGGCGGGCUGUCUUCGCCCGCAGGAGGGCAACGGGGCCACACAGACAGUUGCUCAAAGGGAAGAGGUCCCUGGGGCCCUACUCCUUGGCGAUGGCAAAGGGCUUCUCCACCUCGAUCUUGCCGCAGUCUGCGAUUAUCACGUCCUUCAGAGGCUUGUCCCGACUGUCUGUCUUGGUGGUCUCCACCUUCCGCACUACCUCCUGGGAAGGCAGGCAGGUGCGUCAGGUUUGCGGCUCAAGGGGAGACGGGCCCCAGCGCAUGGCCGGGGAGGGCUGAGACCCCACCACGUGACAAA